CGGUCACACUGUCGGAGAGGCCUGAACUGAACUGCAGCAAAACAAAGAUUAAUUUGUCAGCAAACGGAAUUGGAAUGGUUUAAACGCACGCUUAUCCAUACUCGCGUAGAACUUUAGAAGGUGUUUAUUUUAUUUUUGAUAAUCAAGCUAGUGGACGGCGGAGUGCAAUUGCAGUUACAUAAAAUUGCAAACUGUAACUGCAUAUUUACAACUGAGGAAUCCUGCGCUGAGCCAUGGGUCAGAUCGUGGGCUCCAUGCAUAUGAACGUAGCGGAGGUGUUCAGCAACCGGCGAAAACGGAAGCGAAGCACGGACUCCUCGCUGGGCAAGGAUGAGCAGACCCAGCUGGACACCACGCAACCCAAGAAGAAAAAGCUUCUUACGACCACCCAGUACAUAUACAAAGCGCUCUUUAAGGAGGAAAAGAACUCUGAUGUGGCUGUCAUGGCUCUGGAUAAAGUGUGGCACCUGCACAAGGUCUACCUGAGCCAGAGUCCCUACUUCUACACAAUGUUCAACGGGAGUUGGCGGGAGGCGCAACAGAACUUUAUUCAGAUCGCGAUCCUCGACGAACGGAUAACCGUGGCCAGCCUGGACGCUGUCUUUGGAUCUAUGUACUCCGAUGAGAUCGAGAUUGAGUCAGCGGACGUGAUCUCGGUCCUGGCCACGGCCACGCUCUUCCACUUGGACGGGAUCAUCGACAAGUGUGCCGAAGUGAUGGUGGACAACAUCAGUCCGGAGACAGCCAUUCAGUACUACGAGGCCGCCUGCCAAUACGGUGUGGUUGCCGUAAAGAAGUCAACCUUCCAGUGGUUCCAGAUUAACCUGCUAAGUAUCUACAGUAAACAGCCGAAUCUGCUGAGGCACAUCUCUAUCGAACUGAUGAGUGCGCUAACCGCCAGUCCCGAUUUGUAUGUGAUGCAGACAGAGUUUUCGCUUUACACAUUACUGCGCACAUGGAUGUUUUUGUGCCUGCAUCCCGACUACGAUCCAGAGGACCCUGUGCAGCGGGCAGAAGCGGUCAAGGCGCAAGAGCGGUUGGUCAAUGCCGGCGUGGAGACGCACACCCCCAGCGGAGAUGUCGUCCAGUGGACGUACUUCACCAGCCGCAUGGAGGAGCGUUCGUUCCUGGCAACACCCGAGGGGCAGCCAUAUAUAAGGGUCUUCCAAAAGCUACGAACCCAGUACCUGACCAACCACUACAUGGAUCUGAAAAUCAUCUACAAUGACAACAUCAUACCCAAGGAGUGGCUUUAUCGGCACAUCCACAACCACUGGGACGCCCUACUGCGGAUCGAUCACGGGCAAGAGGAUUGCAGUCCCCAGCAGCUGGACGACGAGCAGUUCUUUGAGAGUUGCAUGCGAUGUGGUCGUAUGUUGCUAGAGCCUGGCUACCAGAAGUGGCGCUGGACGGGCUUCAACUACGGCAUGGAUCUCAUACUUAUAAUGGACUCCCGAAGACUGAACAUUCGUCGCCAUCAUCGGCACGAGCACGAGCGGGUGCUCAGCCUGCAGACGAAGCGCAAGUUCAUGGUCCGCACCACAGUGACCUCGAUAAACGCCCAGCGGCAGCCAAUCUUCACUCAGACAUCUGAAAUCUGUUCCCUAAGCCUCGAGAAAAACGAGGAGGUACCGCUGAUGGUGCUCGAUCCGAAACUGGUUCACCCACUGCUAAUCUCUAUUAAUAUGCUGGUGGUGAUGCCGCCAAACCAGAGCUUUAAGGAGAUUGUGCCGCUCAGCGAGGAGGCGACCACGUCGCUGUCCAUACCCAUUUCAGAGAUCGGAGCGAACAGCGAUCGACCGCUAACACCGUCCAGUGCCGAUGAUUCGGCUGUCUUCAUUGGCGACUCGGAGCCGACAACGCCAUCCUCACCGGCUCCGCGGCCGAGGAUAGUUUGGCCGGUCGGCGACACGGAGGGCAUAUGCGGCCAAUUGGCGUGCUGAGCACGAUCAUCGAAGCAGUCCACCAUUACCAGUACCACCACUACCACCAUUUUUUGUUCAUUUACCCGCUACGGCCGGUACUCGUUGUAGUUCUAAUUGUAAAUUCGUUUUUCGCCAUCGCGAUUAGCUGCGGCUGAUCAAUCUUAUCUAGAAGUUUGUACAUUGAGCAUGAGCAUAUCCGCGAUCGUGUUGGUAUGCGCAAAUCUAUAUUUUUGUAUAUCGUUUACAUCAUUAGUAUCUUGUAAUAACGCUUAACGUCAUCUACUUGUUUAGGGUAGACGCACGCUCCAGUGCCCUCGCACAAUGUAGAUGUUGCAUGUAGUUUGUAAAUUCGGAGUUUUAAGAUUGAUUGUUAUGUUUAAGUAACAAGAACGCGGCAAAGAAACUAUGUUUUAAGCGUCUUCGAAUCCUGCAAGUUCAAUGCAUAUGCUUACUGUCCCUAACACAGUUUUACUCGCUACAUGUACGCACAGUAACUUAUCUUGAGAGAUCAUUUAUUAAAAAUACAUUUAAUUUAAA